CGCGUCCCUCUCCCCACUCCUUGGUCAAACAACAACGCGUGCUGAACGUAUAUUCCAACGUGCUCCUCAGUGAAGCGGUAUUUUUUUCCAAAAAAUAAUCGCCGAGAGGUCACCAAUUCUUUUAAAAAAUCAAAAUCUACUUCCCUGAGACACCCUACAACAUCUCGAGAAAAUGGCAGACGAAGUCAACCCUAAAGCCUACCCCCUCGCUGAUGCCACUCUCACAGCGAAGAUCCUGAAUCUUGUUCAACAAGCAAUGAACUACAAACAACUGCGCAAGGGUGCAAACGAAGCAACGAAAACCCUCAAUCGUGGUCUGUCUGAAUUCAUUGUGAUGGCAGCGGAUGCUGAACCCCUAGAGAUUCUCCUUCACUUGCCACUACUCUGCGAGGAUAAAAACGUUCCCUACGUCUUCGUGAGGAGUAAACAAGCCCUGGGCAGAGCAUGUGGUGUAUCAAGGCCAGUUGUCGCAUGUUCAGUCACUGUUAACGAGGGAUCACAGCUGAAGCCACAGAUUCAGGCGAUUCAGCAGGAAAUUGAACGUCUCUUGGUUUAAUUCAGUUUUAUAAAAUGUUCAAUGAGGAGUCCGUCCCGGACUAUUUUUUCAGAAGUUUUUAUUUCAAGUUCUGACAGGAAUUUUUGUUCUUUGUUAAAUAUUCGAUUUGAUUCGGUUUUGAUUUGUCUCCUCAUUGCACCUAAUUAUAGAAUUGUACCUGAAUCAAACAUUCUUAUUACCUCUCUCAGUAAUUAUUUCAUUCUUGUAAUUAUGCUUUACAAAUGAAUUAAAAUACAUUUUGUAUCACAAGAUGCUUAAAAUCAAUAAAAAAAAAAGGAAAACUUA